AUGCAUAAUCGUGAAGUUCCUGGAAAUAUAAGUAUGUUUGUUUCUGUAUUAACAAUGGGUUUUUGGCCAACAUAUCAACCAGUUAGUGCUAUUCUACCACCUGAAAUUUGUCAAUCACAAGAAAUAUUUACGAAAUUUUAUUUAAGUAAACAUACAGGAAGAAAACUUCAAUGGCAAUAUUCAUUAGAUCAUUGUUUAUUAAAAGGAUGCUUAAAAGAGAAGACAGUUAAAGAAUUUCAAGUAUCACUUUAUCAAGCAUUUGUUCUUCUUCUUUUUAAUCAACAUAUUGAUCUUAGUUAUAAAGAUAUUCAAGAACAUACGAAAAUUCAAGAAGCAGAAUUACAACGAACUUUACAAUCAUUAGCAUGUGGAAAAAUUCGUUUAUUAAAUAAAAAACCAUUGAGUAAAGAUAUUAAUACAACUGAUCGAUUUACAUUAAAUACGUCGUUUGAUCAUAAAUUAAUUCGUAUAAAAAUAAAUCAAGUACAAUUGAAAGAAACACCUGAAGAAAAUACAUCAACAACAGAAUGUGUUGUACAAGAUCGUCAUUAUCAAAUUGAUGCUGCUGUUGUACGAAUAAUGAAAACUCGUAAAACACUUGCACAUGCUCAAUUAAUAUCUGAAGUUUUUGCUCAAUUAAAAUUUCCAAUAUCUACAUCACUUGUUAAAACACGAAUUGAAAGUUUACUCGAACGUGAAUAUAUGAAACGAUCAGCAGAUAAUGCUAAUGUAUACGAAUAUGUUGCCUAA